CCUUAACAGAACAUACGAGACAAAAUCAUCCCAGUGUAUUAAUUUUCUAUACCCAUCCACUCUUAUUGCUUCAUCCUUAUAUAGUUCCCAUUGAAGCAUCUUCUUCUAUCAUCUGCAUUAUCCCAAGAGUUUGUUUGAUUUCUGCAUUGCUCUUCUUUUUACUCAACAAGAACUACUCUUCCAUUUUAUUUUCCUUCAUUUUCCCACUUUUCUUUUAACUCCAAGAACAAAAGCAUCUCUCUUGUUUAACUCUGAAAAAAAAGAAACAGUUGGUCUCUUAAAUUACUUUUGUUUGAUCCUUGUUAGUUACUUUUUGUCUCCUUAAUUUUGGUUUCCGAUCUCCAGAGUUGGUAAAGUAAUUCCAUUUCAUUUGAGCAUGUCAAUUUCCAAGUUGGUCGAUCAACAAUCCAUUCUCGAUCCACAUUUUCAUAAAGUACUUUGCAGACAAUUGAUUCAUUUCAACCAAAUGGUAGAUCCAUGGCGGAAGCAAUUCCAUACAGAAUAAUCAGUAACAUCUUGUCCAAGUUGGCGUGGCUUGUUGGGGAAGAGCUUGGCUUGGCUUCCUGGUGGGACGAGGAGCUGCAGAAGCUUUGGGAGACUCUCGCCACAAUAGACUGCGUCCUUCUUGAUGCUGAGCAGAUGCAGGAGAGCAACCGUGCCUUUAAGAACCGCAUAAGCCGGCUGGUAGAUGUUGUCUAUGAUGCAGACGACUUACCGGAUGAAGUCGACUAUGAAAUCCAAGACCAGAAGGUACAUGCUCGGGGAAAAGUAUCCGAGGUUCAUGUUUGGGAACAUGUACGCAAUUUCUUUUCACCCUCGAACCCUCUAUUCAUUGGUCUUAACAUGGGACAUAGAAUUAAGGAGAUUAGAGGGUGGCUGGACACAGUUGCAGCAGAUAUGUCUAAGUUUUACUUGAGGGAGAGAGUUGGAGAACUGGAUAAGAAAGCUAAGGAUACUGGCCGGGAGACUUCCUCAAAGGUGAGAUCGGAAUUAAUAAUAGGGAGAGAGAAAGAUAAAGAGCUUAUUAUAGAAUCAUUGUUGAAGAAGCAAAAUGAUCAGCACGGUGACAUCAUCCCCAUUGUUGCCAUUGUUGGGUUUGGAGGUUUGGGAAAGACCUCGCUGGCCCAGUUGGUGUAUGGCGAUGCAAAAGUAAAAAGCUGUUUCGAUCAACAGAUAUGGGUAUGUGUUCCUGAAGACUUUAAUAGAUGUAUGAUUUUUAAGGAAAUCUUGGAAGUCUUUGGACAACUUGGUCAAAAUGGAUAACCUGAAUCUAGAUCAAGUCCUAACAGAACUAGAAGAAAAAUUAAGAGGGAAGAGAUAUUUAUUGGUGUUGGAUGAUGUGUGGAAUGAAAACAAUUUAAAGUGGGAAGAUUUUUCAAAGUAUCUAGUCUGUUUUGGUGCUCCUGGAAGCAAAAUUCUUGUGACAGCUCGUAGUAAGAUAGUUGCAUCUGCUAUGGGGGUACAAUAUCUUUACCAUUUAGAAGGUCUCAAUGAGGAUCAAUCUUGGACUUUGUUUAAGCAGGUGGCAUUUAAAGGACAAGGCCAAAUCGAUACAGACCUUAGAGUAAUUGGAGAAGAUGUUGCAAGAAGAUGCAAAGGAGUUCCUCGUGCUCUCAAAUAUUUGGGAGGUUUGAUGAGACUAAAGCCUAAUAAAAAUUAUUGGUCGUCUGUCCAAGAAAAUAGAAUCUGGAAGUCACUCGAAAAAGAUGGUAAUACUUCCCUGGUGUUAAGAUUGAGUUAUGAUCACUUACCAAGCCAUCCAAAACAAUGUUUUUGAACGUUUUGUUCGUCUUUUCCAGAAGACUUCAAGAUAUCUACAGAUAACUUGAUCCAAUCAUGGCGAGCACAAAGUUACAUUCAAUUAGAGGAAAAUGAGAAUAUACAAGACAUUGGUGAUGAAUACUUUAAUGAUUUGUCAUUAAGAUCAUUUUUUCAAAAGGAGGAGAAAGAUAUGUAUGGAAAUAUCAUUUGUUGUAAAAUGCAUGAUGUUAUCCGUGAUCUUAUGAAAGAUGAAAAAGAAAGACUUUCAAAGGAGUUCGACAUGUGUCAUUGGAAAAAAAUUGAAAAGGAGUUGUUUUGACUUUGUUGGAAACAAAAGAAAUAAGGAUUAUGUUUUUUCGGACUCA